CUACAAAUAUAAUAUGGAAUAUUCAUUUUCUUAUCAUGAAUAAUUGCAAAUUUAAAGUAAUUUUUAAUUAGUGAAGUAAUCAACAAAAAUAUGAUACUUAAAUCUGUUAAUUUAGAAAGAUGAGAACAAGUAAGAAUGGUCAACAUCAAAGAAGAUAAACAGACAUUGGUGAAAGAAAUUUCAUGCAAUAGUUUUGAUCAGAAUUUGACUGUUCAAGAAUUUAAUAGAUGGUAAUUUUGGAUGAUGAUAGAAUGCUUGAAAAAACAGUUUUUGCAUAUUUGGCAAUGAAUACAUCAUCAGCUAAUGGUAUUACAGACGGAAGAAAGAGAAAAUUUCAAAUUAGUUGGCUUCAAGAGUUUAAUUGGUUAUCAUUUGACACUGAAAUAGGUUUAGCCAAAUGCAAUGUUUGUACAAAGUUUCCCAAUUUAUGUAAACGAAAUUCAAAACUUGUCCAAGGUUUCAGAUCUCCAUUUAAACAUGAAACUUUCAAGUUUCAUGAUAAGUCUGGUCUUCAUCAAAAAUGUUUGGAAGCACUACUAAAACAAGAUACUGUAAAACCUGCUACUAAGUGCACUGAGAAAAUAAAUCAAGAAACAUUUCAUCAUAUGACUGUAAUAUUUAAUAUUGUGUACUAUAUUAUGAAAAAUGGUAAGCCAUUUUCAGAAGUCAAAGAUUUAUUGUGUUUAGCAAAAAAACUCAGAACAAAUAUGUAUGAACAGAAAGAAAAUGAGGAUGAAUAUAGAAUAAUUGCAUCAUAUAUUGCUCAAACAAUAAAGAAAAAUUUAAUUGACAAUAUAAAACUUUCUGAUUUUGUAAGUCUACUCAUUGAUGAUUGUACAGAUUCAGCAGUUGAAGAAAUUAUUUUAUAUAUCAAAUAUUUCAAUAGUAAUAAUGUAGUUGAAUCGUUUUUAGGAACUAUCCCUUUACAAAAAACAUCAGCUGAUGAUUAUUUAGAGGCAAUAGAUAAAGAAUUCUUUAAAUUAGGAUUAAAUUGGAGAAAUAAUCAUUGGUUAGUAGGAGUUGGAACUAAUUCAACUGUAACUGUAAUUAAUUCAAUGAAAAAUAUGAAAAGUCAUUUGAUUACAAUUCCUUGUAUAAGUUAUGAUUUACAUGUACAAGUAUUGAAAUCUGCAAAAGAAGUGCCUUAUAUCUCCUUCAUGAACAGUACUAUUAUUAAUAUUUUAAAGUUUUAUCAGAGUUGUCCAAAAAGAUUAAAAACACUCCAAACUGUAGCACCAAUGCUUCAAACCAAAAUUCUUAAAAUUCAAAUUUUUGAUAAUUAUUGGCUUAUAUGUAAAACAGGAUUCCUUAAAGCUUUGCUUGCAGAUUGGGAAACAUGGCUGAUUCACUUGGAAUCCAUUGAAAAUGAAAAUUGUAGUGAAUCCAAUCAAAUCAAAGAAAUUUUGAAAGUGUUGAAAGAUUUUAGAUUUAUUUUAACAAUUCAUUUUCUUCUAGACUUUCUUCCAAUUUUUAAAGAGUUAUCUUAUGUAUUUCAAAAAUAUUUAUUAGCAAGUCAGAUAAGGAUUCAUGUAAAUAAUGUUCUAUGUUCAUUAGAGAAAUUAGGAAGAAGUUCAGGUUUUAUGGAAGAAAAUUUUAUGAGACAUAUAUCAACAAAAGGAAAUUAUAAAAAUAUUCCUUUAAUAGAUAAAUUGGACAAUAAAGAUAAAUUUCAAUCUGACAGAAAUGAACUUAUACAAAUAGGAAUAAAAUUCAUAAACAAUAGAUUUUUAGAUAUAAUUAAUUGUGAAGUUGCCAAUGCCUGUUGUAUUUUUGAUACUUUCACUUGGCCAAAUGAUGAAAAUUUGAAACGUUUUGGUGAAGCAGAGAUUAAGUGUUUGGGUUCUCAUUUCAACAGUAUUCUAAGCAUUGACUCUGUUGAAACUGUAAAUAAUCUGUUAUUAAAUGAAUGGCAUGAGUUCAAAAUGGUUGGACAAAAUUUAAGAUUUGAUGAACUCGUGGAUAGAAUUCGUUCUCAGAGUGAGAAGUUUCCUUUUUUGAGCAAACUCUUAUCAAUUGUGGCUAUCCUGCCUACUGCAUCAAUUACCUGUAAGAGAGGUUGGAGUGAAAUGAAAUCAAUACAAAGUGUAUAUAAUAUAAAUUUCAGUGAUGUGCUAAUGGUGAAAAUGAAUGGUCCAGAAUUAGAAUGUUUUCAGCCAGAAUCUGCUAUAGAUAAAUGGUACUUUGACACCCAAAUAAUGAAUCAUUUACAUGGACAUAAGCAUCAUUUGGUAUCAGAAAGACAAGAGCAAUAAUUGUGUGUUUGUAAAUAAAGAUUUUGUAGUAAAAUAAAUUAAAUAAAUAACUUUUAUGGCUAUUAUUUUUCUUUUCUCUGUAAUCCUUACAAAUUGAAGAAUUUUUGAAAGAUUGUUUUGUAUAAUUUCAAAGAUUUGUCAAUUGUUUAGAGCACGGGUUCCCAACCUAUGGGUCGCGACGGGCUUUCUGUGAGUCGCCAACUUAUACAGUUAACUAAAAAAAAUGUUCACUAUAAUGCAAUUUUUAUUUUUAAUGGUGUCUUGAAGUUUGAAUAAUUUGAUAUACAGUCGAUCCCCCUAUAAC